AUGGCGGACCCUUUGAGUGUGGCUGCGUCAAUCGCUGGACUUAUUUCCAUCACUGUAGAAGCGGUAAAAUUCCUCAGUCCCUAUGUUUCUGCUUCAAAAAGAACGCCCCACAUCGCCGCACACGUCUACUCUGAAGUUCAGAGCACGCAAGUGAUUCUGAUAGGCCUUCAAAAUCUCACUAAGAACCUUGGCUCUAUCAAAGCCCAACACGCUGCACUCAUCGGGGUUAACCAAGUCAUUGCGAUCCUUACAGACGGCGUCCUUCUUUAUUCUGAACUGCAAAAUGAGCUACGGUCUCUACCAGGGCAAGAAGAUAUUGACGAAAGACUUACCCUCAGAGGUCGCUUACUGUGGGCUCGAAAGGAAAGCACAUUCGUCACUCUCCUCCAAAGACUGCAGAGUUUCAAAAGCUCGACGUCGCUUGUUUUGAUGAUCUUGCAAAGUGACUCAGAUCAGUCAGCAAAGCAGCAUCAAGAGCAGCUCUGCAACAACGUCCAAGCACUCCUGGAGAGUAAUAAUGCUUUAGCGCGGCGCCUGAUGAACCUAGAAGACUCUUUGGAUUUUCGGAGUACUGUUCUAAGAAGGACGAGUUUUCUCUCACCAUUGACGCCCAGCGACCCACAUACAUCAUCGAGGCGCCUUAGCACCGAGACCAGUCUUCGUAUACCAACCCUUGCUUUCGAAACGGCCCUUAGGGCAUCACGCGUGUAUCGUCGCGCGAAACGAUACAGUAUGGACUUUUCAUUCCGUAGUUCAGUCGCAAGAUCCCGCAACUGGUCAAUUCUCUCCGGCUUAAGUCUUAGCGAUAUCUCGAACAUAUCCGUUGUCGCACUUCCGAUACAUCGGGAUGAUCUUACCAACGCUCAGGAUUAUGAUUUUGGCGAUGAUAUACCAGUCGGUGAGGAGUUGCAUCGGCCCCCCAUCGACUGGCCUUUACUCGUACAAUGCCUGGAGAUAAAGCUCAUGAUGCUUCAAAUCAGAGGAAUGCAGAAGCAUUUUGAUGAGGUCCCAGACCCUCCCGAUGUCUUCUUCCACCUCUGGGCUGUUCUUCCUCGUGUUAAGCCUAUCCUCCUACUCCUGCGAGCCCUGGGCGUUGAGACCAGUAUCUCUGUGGAUCCACGUCAAGAGCUUUCGGUCAACGCAAAGAAAGACGUAAUUCUACGCCUUGCACAGUAUUGCAUAGAAAUAUUGGAUAUGGACCCAAGAGAUCUAUUUACGUUUGAUGACUUGAUUGGAGGGGACUAUUGCGGUCUUAUAAGAGUAAUCUCAAUCUUGUCGACUCUUGUCAAGAAGCUACAAAGCUCUUCUUAUCACUAUCCCAAACAUACCCUUUCCAUUGCUCAGGACUUAAUCGAUGCCAACUCAACAGGUCUCCGAAGCCUCGUCUCGAGUCAACGCCAGUACGUCCGUCGGAUCGUAGAGCUUGUUGAGAUAAAGGAUCAACUGGAAACAUACAUUGAGGGAAUCUUCCCAAAUUUGAGGCAUUCUGCGAAUGUUCACAUCAUGCUGCUUGUUCUGAUGGAAAGGAAUCUUUUCCAUCCCCCAGCAGAGCAUAGAUGGUUUGUAGCAUUCGACUACCUCUACACCAACACCAAAGCCGAGGCGGGACUGGUCGUCGAUGAUCUGAUUAAUAGAUUUUGGAUUACUGAUUUAAUACGAUCAGGCGACUUUGAAGAUGCAACAUCUUUGUUGUUAAGAUGCCGAGAAAUCAUGCCUGUGCGAGAUGAUCGAAUGUCGGCCUAUACUAAUUUUCACAAGGUAUUUGUUCCCGCGAUAAGUCUGAGAAGCACGCAUACUAAUUCAAUCAAGUAUCUUCAAAACCAGCCCAUUAUUUCACGUACGCAGCAUCAGGAUAGCCUAGACGCCACGAGUCGUCUUGAGGCAUUCCUCAAAAAAUUGGAAAGAAUGACAGAGUUGGACAUUUAGGAGAGCGCAAGGAGAAGCCUUACUAAAGUGAUGAUUCAGCCUAAAUACAAUAACCUGAUACUGACAUUAGGCUGCUAAUUGCAGGCGUGGACAUAGAUGACUCUGAUAUAAAAGACUCAAUUGAAGUUCUUUCUCAAAUGUCUGUUAUGUUUCGAGGACUUUCGCUAAGUAAGUGUAGCAUCUUGUCUUGGUAGCGACCUCAAAUGCGCUUCGACUAGUGGCAAUAGUACCAUCCUAAGGCAUAUACAAAUCCAACGUGCAAUGAUGGGCUGACAAUGAUGUCACAUAAAUAUUCUCAAUAUUGUUUGCCAGCAAAAAAGUCAGAUCGAUUCAUA